GGAACACCCCUUUUUAAAUUGUUCCGAAUGAAUGAAAACAAAUAUGGCGGGUGAUGGAGAACGGCCUCUUCGCUCUCUCCAAGAAAAUAGAAGAACGUCUAGCCUGUCGGAGUCUGAAUAUGAAAUCGUCAAUGAUACAGGCAACAUGGGGUACGAGUUUCCCAUCAGGGAAAAUAUGUCUCGGAGAGAGAACAAAAGGCUGUGGGACCUUAACUAUCAGGAGGCGGCCAUAUUUCUGCAGGAGGGGGAAAAUAACGACAAGUUCUAUACCCACCCCAGGAGCUUCAGUGCCCUGCCGGCCUACCAAAUCGCCCACCACCAGUGGUUCAAGGUUCUGGACCUUGUGGCUGCCCUGGGUCUCCUCUUCCUAGCCGCUUGUGAACGACCAGCUGUGCCCUUUCUUACUUUACCUGUCGGGGUCCAUGGAUCGUUAGAAAUCCUGGGACAGCUGAUCCUAACUCUCCAGUUGGCUAUCAAAUUAAGGUGGCUCGGGUGGAAAACAUUCUUCAGACACAAGAGAACAUCCAUCAAGUCUGCUACUCUUCUGAUUAUGUUCAUUGAGUCUGUCGUGGUGCUGAUUCGACAGACGAAUCAUUUCCGAGUCACGAGGGCGCUCAGACCACUUUUUCUUAUCGACACACACCACUUCAGAGGAGUCAGAAGAAUCAGUCGACAGAUAUUGAUGUCGUUGCCUCCGAUUUUGGAACUCAUCUUUCUUCUCAUGUUCUUCAUUCUGAUUUUUUCCAUACUAGGGUUUUACCUGUUUUCUCAAGUCCCAAAUGACACAUAUUUCAGCACACUCCAGGACAGCUUCAUCAGUCUCUUUGUCUUGUUGACGACAGCCAAUUUCCCAGAUGUAAUGAUGCCUGCCUACGCUGACUCGCCAUGGAAUGCUGCCUUUUUUAUCGUAUACCUCGCUUUAGUCCUGUACUUCCUUAUGAAUUUAUUACUGGCUGUUGUCUACGAUACCUUUUCGAAUCUGGAGAAGAGGAAAUUAAAGAGGUUAUAUUUCCACAAGAGAACCGGCUGUCAGCAUGCCUUUAAACUCCUUGUAACACAACAGGAUAGAAAUAAAGUCAGUAUUCGAAACUUUAUGGGUAUGCUCAAGUACCUAAAGCCAAAUAAAAAGAGAUUGGAUGCCUAUUUGUCUUUCAAAACCCUGAAUACGUCCAAGGUCGGCAAACUGAGUCUGGAAGAAUUUUACAAUGUAUUCAGUGUCCUUGACCUUCAGUGGGAGCCCAAGCAAGAUGAAUUUAAGAUCUGGUCAACACAUUUCAAGCACCCCUUCAACUUUAUUUUCAAAAAAUUGCAUGAUUUUGUUAAUUGGCGAUGGUUUGAAGUGUUCAUUUACUUUGUUAUAGCGGCAAAUUUUAUCUGGAUCCUGGUUGAGACGAUUACACUUUCAAAACAGAACAUCAAUGUUAAACAUUACAACUUUACUAUCACGUGGGCCUCCAUCAUUUUUAUAUGCAUAUACACCAUAGAAGCUUCAGUCAAGAUUCUUGCCAAAGGUCCACUUGAAUAUUUUACAACAGGAUGGGAUUUGUUUGACUUUCUGGUGACGGUGACCAGUGUCAUUGGUUUAUUAGGGGAGUACUUCAACGACUCGUUUUUCUACAUCACAGUCCUCCGGCCAUUUAGACUUCUCAGAUUAUUCCGGAUGAAGAGAAGUUACAGAGAUGUCCUAGGAACGCUGUUCAUCCUCUUCUCCAGACUCAUCAGUCUGGUGGUUGUUAUUAUGCUGGUUUACUAUUUCUUUGCCAUCGUUGCCAUGGAGUGUUUCUUGUAUGUGGAUCUCAGAAACUGCUGCAAAAACUCCAGCGUAGAAGCAUUCUAUAGAUACAGCAACGAGUCCUCAAGUCUGGGGUACUACUAUCUCAACGACUUCAGAAAUAUACUUAUAUCUGGGGUGACAUUAUUUGAGCUAACAGUCGUCAACAACUGGUUUAUAAUAAUGGAAGGGUUUGCGCAUCACAUUGGAGAAGUAUCACGCACCUUCUUCAUGACAUUUUACCUAGUUAUGAUGGUCGUUAUGACGAUUGUGGUGGCCUUUAUUCUAGAGUUGUUCCUCUUCCGUAUUCAGUACAGAAGAAAACUGAAGCUGGAGGACAUUGAUGACCAUGCUAAACAAAUUGAACAUGUUUAUCUGAGUGACGAAGAGAAAGAGAUGUGUGAAAACAGCGAUCAUAAGUGGACCGGUCGAUAUAUCGUGCUGCAGAAAGACUCGACAGAUCUUCAGACUCCCUACUUGUAUAGAGGUGAAAGGACCAGGAACAAAAUAGACUUCAGUCUCCGGAUGCACGGCGACGAGGUCAAGAGUUGGUUGGAGGAGGAGCAGGAGAACCGGGAUCAGACGAUUCACACAAUGACAGAGCUCCGGAGGCGAAGUCGACCUAAUGCUGAUCUCGAGGAUCUGGACGAGGAUGUUAUUCCCAACUCCUCGUUUUGUAACCCCAUGGCUGAGAACCUCCAGGACGAGAUGUCGCGGUCGUGAGGAAGAGGGGGGUGUCUAACCCGUGAUUGAGAAUCUUCAGAACGAGGCCUCAUGGUCUUGAGGAAGUUUUAGGUGCUACAUUUAUUUGGCAGACACAUUCCAAUGACUGAGGUGUGACAAUCAUAUCAAUCAGUGGUGCGUUACGUUCCAGUUGAAUGAUUUGUAGAGUGUCACUGUGGUGCAUUACGUUCCAGUUGAAUGAUUUGUAGAGUGUCACUGUGGUGCUUAUUGUUAUGCAGUCGAGGUAAAACUCUCAAUCAGUUAACAUUGAAAAUGUAUACAUGUAUGUUUAUUGCUGUGAUCAUUGUUAAACAGUGCCAAAAACUGUUUGUUUCUAUUUUUUGGUGCCAUUUAGUUUUAUAUAUAUUACAAAUGGUGUUUUUGUGCAAUCCUUCCUCAUAUUGAGGAGAAUUGUUUAAUGGAAAAUGCUUUUUACACCCUCCGCAAAGUUUAGGGGGUAUACUGGAAUCACUUUAACUGUGUAUCCAUCGGUAGACAUAAUUUGCCCAGAGUACAGAUUUGACACUGACGAACAGAUUUGAUAAUAAGACUUUCUGUAUAUCGUAUAAUGAAGUUGUACACUUGCUGUAUUGAUUCAGAUUCUUAACAUUCAUGAAAGUUAUGGAUAUUUUUUUUUCCCUUUUGAAGGAUGUGUGUGUGUUAUGUUGUCAUUGUCCAUUGUAUAUCUUAGAGACCAUUUAUUAGCUCUUCUGAGCCAAAGGCUCAAAGAGCUAAUGCUAUGGCCAUUUGUGCGGUGUGCGUAAACUUUUUAGAAAAAGGGCUAUAACUCAAGAACCCCUUGGCCAAUUUUUUUCAAAUUUGUUACAGGGUAUCAUUGGCCCAAGGGCUUUCAUACAUACUAAAUAAAGGGAUGUGACCCUUUAACAAGGGGAGAUAAUCAGGAAAAUACAAACAAAAGUAGUGGUUGCUAAAAAAUCUUCUUCUCAAGAACCACAGGGCAGAUUAUCACCAAACUUACACAUAAGGAUGAGGAUAUGUUGUAGAUUAGAAAUUGUUCAAGGCAUUACCCUGGGGCAAAGGGCAUGGUCUCAAGGUCACUUCAAAGUUGACCUAAAUUUAAAUUUUUUUUAAAUUCCUUAAAUCUUAGAUAUUUUAGUCAUUAUAAGGACUAGGAUCAUCAAAUUUUGACAGUUGAUGCAUCUUAGGACCUUGUGUCAAGUUGUCUCAAAAGUAGGUCACGGUGACCUACUUUUUGAAUUUUGCAGGUAUUUAUUUUAAAAUUAAUUUUGAUGCAUAUCUUGGACACUUUGAAGCCUAUGAUCAUCAAAACUUGUCAGUUGGUGGAGCAUGGGACCUUGAAAUGCGUCAACUGAAAAAUAGGUCACCGUGACCUACUUUCUGAAUUUUAUGGCUUAUCAUUUAUAGAUAUAUUUUAAGUUGUUAUUUCAAAUACCGAGAGGUUUAGAAUCAUCAAAUCUUGUAAGUUGAUGCAUCUUGAGGCCUUGAAACAUAUUUAUAAAAAAAGUAGGUCACAGUGACCUACUUUUUGAAUUUUGCAGAUAUUCAAAUUUCACAUUUUCAAUUUUAGAUGCAUAUUUUGGGCACUGUAAAACCUAGGAUCAUCAAACUUUGUCAGUUGAUGCGUCUUCAGUCUUCGGUUUGUGUCGACCAAAAAGUAGGUCACCGUGACCUACUUUUGGUAUUUGACAGCUAAAUUACUAUAUUUCAGACACUAUUUGACCUACAAUCAUCAAACUUUGUCAGUUGAUGCAUCUUGAGUCUUCGGAGUGUAUCGACCAAAAAGUAGGUCACUGUGACCUACUUUUGGCAUUUGACAGUUAUAUUUAUAUAUUUCAGUCACUAAUUGACCUACAAUCAUCAAACUUUGACAGUUGAUGCACCUUGAGUCAAUGGAGUGUGUCGACCAAAAAGUAGGUCACCUUGACCUACUUUUGGAAUUUGACGGCUAUAUUUAUAUAUUUCAAAUACUAUUUGACCUACAGUCAUCAAACUUUGUCAGUUGAUGGGUCUUGCAUGUUCAAAGGGUUUCGACCAAAAAGUAGGUCAACUUGACCUACUUUUUGAAUUGGACACCUAUAUUUAUAUAUUUCAGAUACUAUUUGACCUACAGUCAUCAAACUUUGUCAGUUGAUGCGUCUUGCAUGUUCAAAGGGUGUUGACCAAAAAGUAGGUCACCUUGACCUACUUUUGGAAUUGGACGGCUAUAUUUAUAUAUUUCAGAUACUAUUUGACCUACAGUCAUCAAACUUUGUCAGUUGAUGGGUCUUGCAUGUUCGGAGUUCGCUGACCAGAAAGUAGGUCACCAUGACCUACGAUUGGAAUUUGACAGCUAAUUUUCAAUAUUCAGAUACUAAUUGGCUUAAAAUCAUCAAACUUUGUCAGUUGAUAUUUCUUGGGUUCUCAAAAUGUGUAAACCAAAAAGUAGGUCACAUUGACCUACUUUUUUUGAAUUCUUAGGAUUUAACUAAAGAUUUAGAAUACUAAGAGGCUAAGAAUAGAAAUGGUGGGGUUGUAUAAUUUAUCAGAAGAGCGAUUCUAGGCCCUUGGGCCUCUUGUUUUUCAUUGAGCACAAAUUCAUCAUUUCCCAUCAUCCAAUGUGUCCUGCUGGGGGUAUUAGUCAGGACAGUUCUAGUUUACGUCAUGAAAUAUUUUAAUACAGCUAGCAUAGUUGUUUUUCUUAAAAUUUUAAAUCAAACUGUAUAAGUGAUUGAAACAUGAAAGAACCAGAAAUACAUUUCUGGCCCAGAAAUUAAAGUCAUUUUUCUAUUUCCUUUAAAUUCAGGUAUUUCUACAUUGAAAAAAUCAUAAACAAAAAUAAAAAUAUAUUUUUUGAAGUUCCUGAAACUGAUUCUUUAAAUUAAUAUGAUGUCUCAAAGUUUGGGAUUUUUUUUUAACUGGAAAAUUGUCAACUUUUCAGGCAGUUUUAUGCCUAAAAUCGCAUGCACCAUGCAUUAAUCAAACUACUUGCUGAUAUUUACAAAGCUAUGAUGUAAAGAUGACCAUAUCUCAAACACAUCAUGGUCUACAUACAUGGCACAAAAUUUGUUAAGUAGCAUUAGAAAAUAGCUAGCAUUGGCUUGUUGAAAGGAAAUGGUGGAAAAUGUCAUUUGUUAUGAUGUCAUACAUGUACACAGUAAGUCCGAGAAUUAUCAUUAGCUUUGUGCAUCACACCUAUGUAUUAAAUUUAUUCAAACAUGUCUGUUACCUAAGUACAAUGUAGUUUAUGAUUAUGGUCACAAUUGGGGCCAGUUAUGUAUAUUUAUUAGUGAAUUUAGUUUUUGUUUUAUCAGUGUUGAAGUUUACACGGUCCUGCUAUACUGUGUACGCAUGUACACAGCAAAGUGUCACUUCAACCCACGAUGUUGGCACUUGGUGUAAUUUUUGUAUCAAUAUCAGUACAGAUUGACAUUAUCUUUCAAUACUUUCAGUUGUUUACAAAUUUUAUGUAUUCAAAUUCACUUGUGUAUUUCUGUCAGCAUGCCAGACGCCAUGUUGAUCUGUAUCACCAUUUUAUGCUUCCCCAUCAAAUGUCCAUAAAAUUGUCUCUUUUCAUCCAUCCAUUGCCAAAUAAUUCUUAUCCAAACUUUUUUAAGGUUAAUUUUUUAUUUAAAAAAAUGUCCAAUUAAUUGUUGAGGUGUUGUUGAAUUUUCAACUUUACUUUUCACGAACCACGGCUAGUUUCAACCAAACAUGACACAGUGUCCUUGAUUAAAGGGGGUUUAAGUUUCUUCAAAUGAAGGACUGUGUCUCCUUUCAAGGGGAGAUAAUUAGGAAACCACCAAUGAGUGUAGGAUGGGUAUUCAGAAAAUCAUCAGAAUUUUAUACGGAAGCUUCCUUAUAUACAAAAACAUGUAUGUUCAAUCUUGACUAAGAAACAAAGUUGAUGAAAUUAAUAUGCAAGCUUUGUCAUGUUGUGUAGAUUCACAUUUGUCUAUCACCCUCAGGGCCAAUGCAGAACUUCAAAAGAAGUUUGAAGUAUAUAUAUAGGAAAACUUUUUAAUUGAAUACGUGGUACAAUAUAUCAAACUGAUAUGCAAGAAUUUUCAUGCAUGAACUCAAGUUUGAUCAAACGGAGACUGCCUGGGUCGCAAUAGAGGUUAAAAGUUCACUUUCUUUAAGGAAUUAAGAAUUUCAGAAAAGCAUCUAUUCAACAAGCAAAGUGUACGAUUAUUUUGAUAAACGUAAAAAUGUAAAUUUCUUUAAUGCAUGAAACUAAAAAAGCACAGCCACGAACAGGUUUUAAAUUUUUUACUAUUGAUGCCCUAGCUAAAUUAAACCGUCUUUAUCCCAGUCUGAGCGAGGUGACUCAGACGAGUACUGGCUGCUGGCAGACUCAUGUCGGAUACGUCUAGUUUAUUGUAAUGUUGUUUUACAUUCUCUAUUUAUAGUUCGGUCUUUAUGAGCUCUUCAUUUACUGAACUGUUGCAGCAGAUUUUCAUGACAAACUUGCAAUCUUAAAAAAAAAUCUUUUGUGAGGGUUACUGAGCUUUUCUUUUGACAACAAAUGGUAUACACAUUGUACAACAUUUACUUUCAUUUUCACAACAAAUAGUAUACACAUUGUACAAAGUUUACUUUCAUUUUCACAACAAAUAGUAUACACAUUGUACAAAGUUUACUUUCAUUUUCAUGCAAUAUAUUUUAUCUUUGUGUUCACAAGUUUACACUCCUCCAUCUUUAGUCCUCCAACAUUAUCUUUCUCAGGCUCAUUUACAUUGUUCCAUACAAACAAUUUCUUAAUAAUUUUCACCGAAAUAUAUUUAGGUUCACUUGUAAGUUUUAUACUUUACGUUCACUUGUAAGUUUCAUACUUUACGUUCACUUGUAAGUUUCAUACUUUACGUUUACUUGUAAGUUUCAUACUUUACGUUUACUUGUAAGUUUUAUACUUUACGUUUACUUGUAAGUUUCAUACUUUACGUUUACUUGUAAGUUUCAUACUUUACGUUUACUUGUAACUUUCAUACUUUACGUUUACUUGUAAGUUUCAUACUUUACGUUUACUUGUAAGUUUCAUACUUUACGUUUACUUGUAAGUUUUAUACUUUACGUUUACUUGUAAGUUUCAUACUUUACGUUUACUUGUAAUUUAAGUUUCAUACUUUUCAGAAAAUCUUGUUUUGAUAUGACAUCCAAAGAAAACUUCCAAUGUUCCAUCCCUAUGCAAUAUUGUGUAAUAUUAAAUUGUUAUGUAUUUGAAUAUUAAUCAUUCAUUGGCAUUAAAGCUACAUAUUUAAAGUAUUUCUAAAUUUGUGACUUAGCAAUUUCUUAAAGGAAAAAUAAAAUCUCAAUAUUUUAAUCCUUGCAUUUCAAAUUGACUUGAAAAUGCUUCAGUUUUAACUGCACAAGUCUGACAUAGAACCUGACAAAGGCGUCCCAGAAUAUUCAAACCUUAAUCAGCCUUACCUAUGUUGACAUCUGUUUCAUAGAUUAAUUAGACUUUCCUAUAUCAGUCUUAACUGUGUUGUAUUAGUACAAGUACAAAAUUGUAUGAGUACAUUGUAAUGAUAUUGUAUGAGUACAUUGUAAUGAUAUUGUAUUAGUACAAGUACAUUGUAAUAAUAUUGUACAAGUACAGCCCCAUUUCUUAGUUGUAUCCUGUUUAAUCAGUUCGUGGAGAAGUGCAAUACACACACACGCCAUCACAUACACGUCAUUGUACACACGUAGAUUUACCAAAUCUGUCUUAUCUAAAUGUCACCUUUAAUAAGCCAUCUGAUUUUCAUGUUCUUUAUGUCAGCAUUUUCAAUAACAUUUGUUCACAAUAACUAGCAGCUUCAUUAUGAAAUUGAAUACAUCUAAUAAUACUUGUUGCAGUUUGUAGAGUUAUUCAAAACAAAUAGAAUGUACAGUUGAACCUCCCUAUCUCAGACACUGAUACCCCGAAUACCAUGGAUAUGUCAAAGUGAUUCAGAACUCAAAUCCACUUAUUUCUGAAGUAUUAUACCCUCGAUAUGUCGAAUAUCUUUGAAGUUUUUUCUUGGUCCCAUUGAGUUAACGAGGUUUGUCUGUAUUUUGUGUAAAAAUAUUUUAUGAUAUGCACUUUGGAAUAUGAUGGUCUUGUGUAGAUUUAUACACAUGUACAAAUAACACACAUAGAACUUUAACGUGUAUAUUUUUAUACGCUGGAAACAAUAAACAAUGAAGAAAAACAA